AUGGGACACGAUCGAACCAAAGAUACCAUCAACGCUUAUAAGGAUGUCCAACAAACCUUUCAAGCUGUCGGCCACCCUCACACAACGGCCCGAGUUUGGAAGAGGAGCGAUGAACAGUGGUCCGAACAGUUGGUGUACCAGAACUCCAACCCAGGCUUCUUAAACGCAAUCGCAGCAAUCACUAUCAAGGAUAAAGAGUACAUCAUUAGUGCUGGACAAGAUGCGUUGCUUCAACUUUGGCCACUUCAUCCCGAAUCUGAUCAGUCCUACGCACCUGAAUUCGUCCUGGCUGGUCACACCUCGAAUGUAUGCUGUCUGGACGUAUACGAUGCAGGUCCGGGACAGCAACCUACGAUUUGCAGCGGGAGUUGGGAUUGUUCAGCGAUUGUUUGGCGUGAUAAUAAUGCGGUUUACAACCUACGGGGACACUCUGCGGCCGUCUGGGCUGUUCUCGGCUUGGGCGAUGCGGAUGAUAGCGUUCUCACUGCUGGAGCGGAUAACUUGAUUAUGUUGUGGAAAAAGGGCAAACAGGCGCUUACCUUCAAAGGUCACACUCAAGCCGUUCGUGCAUUGGCCAAGCUACCUCAAAGCCCUCAGCUGUUUGCAUCCGCUGGGAAUGAUGCCACAGUCCGCGUAUGGAAUCUGGACGGGCAAGCAGUCCGGGUGAUGGACGGACAUGACUCAUUUAUCUACUCAUUGAGCUCGAUGCCUUCCGGCGAGAUCGUAUCAUCAGGCGAAGAUCGCACGGUGAGGAUUUGGGACCCAAGCUCUGGUCAACUCGCCCAAACCGUCACCGUCCCGGCCAUAAGCGUUUGGACCGUCUCGGCCAAUCCAGAAAACGGAGAUAUCGUGUGUGGCUCUUCGGACAACAUGAUCAGGGUAUUCACUCGCUCAGAAGAACGCCUAGCCUCAUCAUCCGAGCUUUCCGAAUUUGAAGAAUCCGUCAAGACCAGUUCAGUUCCGAGUGCCACCGUUGGUGAUGUCAAAAAGUCAGACCUACCAAGUGUAGCAGUUUUGCUAUCUCGUCGAGGAAAGAAGGAGGGCGAAGUGGCGAUGGCAAAAAACGAAAGCAAUGGCGCAGUAGAGGCCUACCAAUGGGAUGGAAUGAAAGGCGAUUGGUCAAUGGUCGGGACGGUUGUCGAUGGUAUUGGCUCAGCAAGAAAACAGCUCUUCGAAGGAAAGGAGUAUGAUUACGUCUUCGAUGUCGAUAUCAAGGACGGAGAGCCCCCUCUCAAACUACCCUACAACGCAUCUGAUAAUCCAUACACUGUCGCUCAAAAAUGGCUCGCAAAGCACGAGCUGCCCGACACCUACGUCGACCAAGUCGUAGAUUUCAUCGACAAAAAUACAUCUGGCGUAGCCCUAGGAGGGCCGACUGCAGGCGCGGAUCCGUUCACUGGUUCAGCCAGCUACCGCCCUAAUCCUGGUCAAAAUCAAACCCAAUCAAAUGUUGGAGCUGAUCCUUUCACCGGCGCUGGCAGCUAUCGGCCGAAUGGUGGUGCACCCUCUGUUGGUGUCCAGUCGAAUGAAACCAAGCCAUCAGUUUCUCUGCUGCCUCAUAAAUCCUUUCUCAGUUUUCCGCCGACCAACUCUAACUUUUCAGUGGUAACAGGAAAGAUCAAAGAGUUCAGUUCACAGCUCGGCGGGAAAGAACUAUCUCCAAGUGAACUUGAGGCUCUGAGUACCUUAACCACGUAUCUUUCCAAGGUCUCGGGUGCGCCUCCUGAAUCAGGAAUCAAGGUCUUGGAAAAGAUGAUGGUGGAUUGGCCUCCUGCCAAGCAAUUCCCAGCCAUUGAUAUUGUUAGAACAAUGUCGAUUUCCGUCCUAUCAGCUCAACUUCUUCCUUGCCUUCUUGCCAAAAUUCGAGAACUGGAUGAUCAGCCUGGAACCGAACUUAAUUUCACAUUGGCCGUUCGAGCAUUAAGCAAUGGCUUGACAUCCUGCCCAAUCACAACCAGUCAACCAACGCUGAUCAACAAACCAGAUUUGGCUAAGCAGAUAUGUGAUCUCCUGUCUUCUGAGAGUUCACCAAAGCUCAACUUGACGACAAAGAAUGCGAAAGUUGCCUUCGCCACCUUGCUUCUGAAGUACGUCAGCUAG